AUGAGCCUGAGAAAUCUAAAGGAAUGGACCAUUAUUGCCAAAGAAGCAUUCAACGGAUCCUUCUUCGUAGCAAAAGCUCUCUGCUUUCUCCAUGUAACCAACACCUAUGUCUUAUCUGUUGUUUCUCUCUAUGGACCAAGUAUGCUCCCUAUCUUUAACAUUACUGGUGAUUUGGCAUUGGCUGAGAGGAUUUCACACAAGUUUGGCAAAGUAGGUGCUGGAGAUAUUGUUCUUGUAACAUCACCUCUGGAGCCAAGAAAAAUUGUGACUAAAAGAAUUAUAGGUGUUGAGGGUGAUUCUGUCACUUAUGUUGUUGACCCCAAUAACAGUGAUCGAACUCAGACUAUUGUGGUUCCUAAGGGGCAUAUUUGGGUGGAGGGAGAUAACAUAUAUAGCAGCAAGGAUUCAAGAAACUUUGGGGCAGUUCCUUAUGGCCUUCUUCAAGGGAAAAUGUUUUGGAAGAUAUGGCCACCUAAAGAUUUCGGAUCACUUGGAAAAAAGAGCAAAAUAACUGAAUGA